AUGCGGAAAGUGACAGAUAUUCAGUAAAAAGUCUAAAAUUUACGAAAUGGGUCGCUAUUCACUAUUCUACAGUUCGCAGAUUGGGCAGAGGACCGUUUGACCGAGGAUGGUUAAUUUUACCGAAAAAUCAUCUUUUCGGACGAGGCUCAUUUCCACCUCGAUGGUUACGUUGACAAGCAGAGUUGUCGCACUUGGGGCACAGAAAACCCGCACGUAAUCGUCGAGAAGCCAAUGCACCCAGCACGAAUCACUGUAUGGUGCGGAUUUUGGUCUGGUGGAAUCAUCGGCCCAUUUUUCUUCGAAAAUGAAGAAGGAACCGUAACCAGAGAACAUAAAAGCUUUUAUGUUCUCUGGCUGAGCUGUAGCGAUCGGCUUGGGUGUGAGAACCACGACGCAUAUUUGUCGCAAGCGAUUCAGUUCGCAUUUGCUCUGCUGCCAGAAUGCUUUCUGUGUUCAGUAUUUAAAUACAUUUUACACACAUAACAUUGUUCAAAAAGAUAAAAUAAAUAAAAUGAAUGGGAUAAAAUUAAUGUAGGAAAAAAUAAUUUGAAAUAAAAAACAAAAAAAUUAUUUAAAAAAAAAAAAUAAAAAACAAAUUAUUUUAAUAAAAUCAAAAAAUAACUUAAAAAUAUCAAAAGCUAUUUCUUUUUAAUUUGAAAAAAAAAAAAAAAUUAUUGUGCUGCCAAAUAUUAUUUAAAAAUUAUAAAAUCAAUCUGUGUACUUUAUUUUGCGUUUUCGAAAGAGAAUUCGCACAAAAUUGUUUAUUAAUUUAGUAGUUGUUUAGUGAACAAUACAAGCUGGCAUUCGAAGAUCACGGUGUUUUGCGAAAAUCUUACCGCAAACUGCACAGUAUGUUUGGCGCAGUUAUACCAAGCGUUGGCAAAAUGAAAGACAAUUCUGCCGCAGAUUUGUCAGAAACUGAGCAAAUUGUCAAAGAGGAAACGUUUGUUUACUUCCUGUCACGCCACAGGAACAACACAAGGAGAAAACGAAAACAUUAAAACCAAAGGUAAAGAACUGCGACAAUAGCAACAAUGCUGAUGUUCGCGCCAGCAACGGUUGCAGCACAGCUAGUGAGAAAACAGGGAUGAUAGAAAUAGAGAGUGCACUUCGAUCACGUCAACGUGCAAUCGAUGAGUUAAUUGACUCCGAAAAGUCAUAUAUUGAGGCCUUGAAGAGUAUUGUUGAGGAUUACCUAGCCGAGGUGCUGGAUCCUAAAAGUGAUAUACCCAAACCCGACGAUUUGAAGGGCGGCAAAGAGCGCAUGGUUUUUGGCAACAUUGAAGCUAUCUAUGAGUGGCAUAAGAAAUCCUUUUUGGAGGCGUUAGUACGCUGCCGCAAUUCACCCGCCGAUCUGGGCCUCCUAAUCGAAGACUAUCUACACAAAUUCGAUAUGUAUAAAAUAUAUUUUCGAAACAAGCCGUUAUCGGAUCACAUUGUGACCACGCACCUGCUGUAUUUUGACAAAAUCCGACAGAAUCUAGGUAGCCUCUUGGAUCUCAACGCUUUGCUCAUAAAACCAGUGCAGCGAUUGCCGAAAUAUGUGCUGUUAUUCAAAGAGAUCGCCAAAUAUACCCGCGCCGCUGGGCGUGAAGCCGAAGUGUUUGGCGUCGAAAAAGCUAUGCACGUUAUGGAUAUGAUUUGUAAGGCUGCCAAUGAAGUGAUGGAAUUGCAUCGUUUACAAAAAUUCGGGGGUGAAAUCACUGAACAAGGAGAACUUCUAUUGCACGGCAAACUCUACUGCAUUGAGGUUGAAAAGACUAGUCGAAAUGCUUAUAUGUUGCAGAGACCGCGUGAACUUUAUGUUUUCCUAUUCAAGCAGAGCAUAAUUUUCGCGGAUAUCGAUGACAAAAAGCUACAAUACAAAAGUCCAACAUACACCUAUCGCUCGCAUAUACAGGUCAAUAAAAUGCAGUUAAGAGAAUUAGAAAACAAUCGAUUUCAGCUCAAAUCGAUAGAUCCAAAUAAACCGGGCUUGAAAAUAAUUUGCUACGCAUCCACCGUGCAGUUGACCAACGAGUGGCUGCGCAUCCUACGCAAUAUUCUGCAGUCACUGCACGAUUUCGGGCGGGCCAUAACCAAUCCAAUCGAAUAUCAACAACAGCAGCAACCACGGCACUAAAAAUCGAAAAGGAAGCAAAGAGAAAA